AUCCGGAAAUUACACCAGCCAAUUAAAAAUAGUUGGCGUUGUUAGCUCUCAAGGGUGUCUGUUACGUUAGCUAGCAAGCUCCAGCACAAAAAAACCGUGUAGUUCGUUUCAUUCAUCUCUUUCGAGGCCAUUGUGCAUCCCAGUACUGAAAGAAGAUGGCUGCUCCGGAUAUGCGCCUCAACCACACCAUAUACAUCAACAACCUGAACGAGAAGAUUAAAAAAGAUGAACUGAAGAAGUCGUUGUACGCAAUCUUCUCUCAGUUUGGUCAAAUCCUGGACAUUUUGGUUGCCCGCUCCCUGAAGAUGAGGGGUCAGGCUUUUGUCAUCUUCAAGGAGGUCAACAGCGCCUCCAAUGCCCUGCGUUCCAUGCAGGGGUUCCCAUUCUAUGACAAACCUAUGCGUAUUGGGUACGCCAAGGGGGACUCUGACAUCAUCGCUAAAAUGAAGGGCACCUAUGUGGAGCGUGACCGUAAGAAGGAGAAGAGGGCCAAGGUCAAGGGCCCAGAGGCUGCAGGGGCCAAAAAGGGUGUGCCAGGGACCCCUGUAGUACCCAUGGGCCCUGGAGUUCCAACACCCAUGCCUGGAAUGCCACCCAUGAGUGGAGCUCCUCGUAUGAUGCCAAUGCCAGGGCAGCCCCCCUACAUGCCCCCGCCAGGCAUGAUGCCACCUCCAGGGAUGGGCCCUGGGGGGAUGCUCCCUGGUGCCAUGCCUCCAGGUGGGAUGAUGCCCGGGCAAAUGCCCCACGCCCAGGUUGCAGAAAACCCUCCCAACCACAUCCUUUUCCUCACCAACCUCCCAGAGGAGACCAACGAGCUCAUGCUGUCUAUGCUCUUCAACCAGUUCCCUGGGUUCAAAGAGGUGCGUCUGGUGCCUGGUCGCCACGACAUUGCCUUUGUGGAGUUUGAUAAUGACGUGCAGGCUGGAGCGGCCAGGGAGGCACUGCAGGGCUUCAAGAUCACCCAGACCAACGCCAUGAAGAUCUCAUUCGCCAAGAAAUAACACACCAGAGAGCUCUUGAGUGGUUCACACACACACACACACACACACACACACACACACACACACACACACACACACACACACACACACACACACACACACACACACACACACACACACACACACACACACACACACACACACACACACACACACACACACAGACAGAGAUCCUUCUUCCCCAUUAAACUAAACCAGCAUAGAGCCGACUACUAACCUGUCCUUCGCUAAGAAAUCACAGUGCGAUACAAGUCCCCACCCCCCAAGCUCUCCACCCAGGCUCCCUCACACAUUUGUUGCUGCUCCUUGCUCUGCUUACAGAUUAUGACAUAAGAAUUGUUUCAGCCUCCACCAGAAGGUAAGGAGUGGUGAUUGGACGAUCCCCUUCAUCACCGACGCCUAUAGGAGAGCAAGUCUUUUUACCCUCUUAGUUUUGAAGUUCAGCAUGGACAUAUUUUUUCUUGUAAUUGUCUUGUUACUGCCCUUCCUGUGCUCCCGUACUAAUUUAGAAUAACUGGAGAUGACUUUCUUUGUAUCUGAUGGUAGGUUGCCAGCGGUUUUAGAGGAGACGACAUAAGGGCAGGAUUGUGAUGAUUGGAAUGCUGACGCCAGGCUCAAAAACAAUGAAGUGUCAGGACUAUGUUGGUUUAGUGAUUUGGUGCCGACAUAGAGGAUAGUUAGCUGACAUUUGCAUAGCCAGGUUAAGACUCGUUUUCAAGUAUGUCAGUUUCUGCACCCAUUCCUUGAGGACAAAAUCUGGUGUUUUGUAUGUAAGUAUAUUUUUUUAUUUUUUGUUAAAAAGCAUUGCACCCAGGGUCUGUUUCAUCCAGACAUUGUACCUGGAGCUUUUAUGUUUGAUUAAAAUGUGUGCUUUUUAUAAUGACUAA